AUGGGAAGCAUUGACCGGCCUGCAAAGCCCUAUUCAGUGUUGAUUGUAGGUGCAGGCAUUGGCGGUCUUUCGGCUGCUAUUGCUCUGUCACGCAGGGGUCUGGACGUCACAGUUCUUGAAGGCAAACCAGAGCUGAACGAAUUCGGCGCCAGCAUCAGUAUCGAUUCUCAUGCGGUCAGGGUGAUCAAGUACUACGGACUGGAGGAGCAGUUUCGGCCCUCUGUCACCGAGAACAGAUAUAUUGAUCUGCGGGACGGCGCAAACAAUGAACGCCUGGGUGCAGUCUUUCACAAUGAAGGGAACCACAGCAACAUCCUCUGGGGGGCACCAAAGUGGAGCAUACACCGAGCAGAUUACCAGCAACUCCUCGCCAGAGGCGCCCAAGGAUACGGCACCAAGAUCUUGUUCAAUGCCGAAGUCACCAGUGUCGACGUUGACACCAACGCAGUGCACCUGAAGGACGGACGUUCCCUCUCCGCCGACCUCGUGGUGGGAGCAGAUGGGCUGCGCUCUGCGGUCCGUGGUUCCAUCCCUGCAACAGCCUCAGUCGAGCUGAUCCCCUCGGACGAGAAAGCCUACCGGUGCACUGUCGACAAAGACGCCAUGGUAGCAAACCCAAAUCUUAAAUGGCUGUUGACGCAGGGCACCAGCCAAAUAUGGUUCAUGCCGGGAAAAUACAUAUUGUCUUGGCCCUUGCCACCCCACAGGCCGUACGACGUUGUGGUAUGCAUUGGCGAUGGUUGUGACGUUCCUUACGGCUAUUGGGGCAUCAAAGCCGACCCAAAACAAGUCGCUGCCGAGUUCGGAGACGCCUGUCCUACCGUAAGAGACCUGCUUGCCAACAUUGGACCUUGCAUUCAGUGGAGGGUGGCCGAGCUCCCUCCUUUGAGUACUUGCCGGAGUGAAAAGGGCGGAGUGGUCCUUCUCGGGGAUGCUUGGCACGCCAUGCUUCCUCACGCUGGCUCUGGCGGUUCCUGUGCGAUCGAAGACGGUGCAGUGCUCGGCGAAUGCGUCGGCUGGGCCUGGGAAAACGGUCGGCCGAUCGCGGAUGCCACGAAGGCAUACGAGGCCCUCCGCAAGCCGCGCGUCGAACGCAUCCAAGCUGCAAGUCAUGACGGUGUAGUGUUUCUGAACGGCGCUGACGCUGAGGUGCGCAAUGAGUUUCUAGCCAAGCAGUUCAAGAUCGACCAGGCCGAGCUGGCGCGACCGGAGGAGGAGAGGGGAGCGCAGCCUCGCCCGCCGGCAAACAUGAAUGCGCCUUUCCCAAGUCCACCCUUUCUACAGUGGUUGUACAGCUAUGAUGCCGUCAAAGAGACGCAAAAAUAUUUAACUCAGCAGGCACUUUAG